UCUCAGAGAGGAAGAGAAGAGAAGGGACGAAGGAAUUCAAUCAUGUCUGCAAAAUGGCGAGCUUUGCAGCAUCGCCACCGUUACACCUACAGCGCCGUCAUAUUUCCGCAGUCCUACAUAGAAUCUUUGGAUCAACAGUCCAUGGAUGAAUCUACUGGGAAAUUUUACACUUCUCUCAAAGAGCUUGUCUCCCUUUCUUCAACUUAUGCUCAAAUCGGCCAUGUCAAGAAGGUAGCUUCAGAGUUUAGUAGCUUCUUGUUACUACUUAAUGGACAAGAACUACUCUUAGUUUCUGAGGCCUCUAGAUUCUAUUUGGAAAUCCUAUUUUUUGAAAACUCUAAUCCCUUGCACAGGACUUUAGUUUCAGUCCUAGCAAAGAAUUCGAAAUUUUCAAACACUGUUGGUGAUUGCUUUAGGUUAUUGUUUGAAGAGUACGGUGGUGUAAAUGGAAAAGGGAAAAUGUUUUGUGUGUCUCGGGUUGCUUUAUCGAUGAUGGGUUCGCCUAAGCUAGGUUACUUGGUCGAUGUUGUUGAGAAAUGUGCUACGUUGGUUGCUAUGGAUAUUGUUUGUGGUCUGAAAUCUGUUGUUUCUGAAGCCAAUGAUGGGUCACGACCUUCCCCUCUUGUUUUGGAGCAGUGUCAAGAUGCUUUAUCUUGUAUUUAUUAUUUGCUACAGCGUUUUCCAUCGAGGUUCAGUUGUUUAACGCAUGAUUAUGACAGUGGUUUGAUCCCAGAGGCUUUUAGUAUUCUAGAUAUGAUAAUGACCACGGUUUUAAGCAUUUUGAAAUCUGCUGCAUUUCCCAGGGACUGCUUUGUAGCUGCUGGAGUUAGCUUCUGUGCAGCUCUUCAACUCUUUCUCAGUCCUGAAGACUUGUCUUUGGUUAUCAUGGAAGAUAUCUUUCAUCAGAAAAAAUCGUGUACGAUGGGUUUCUCUGGGAAGAAACUGAAGGGGAAUCUAUAUUAUGAAAUAAAGGAUCUUUCCCCCUCGAUUAGACUUUGGUUAAUAAGAGGGAUUCUGACUGCCAUUUCGAGAACUGUGCUUAAUGCUCGUUUUGUGGUAUUGAAAGAUGGCAAUGCCUUUUCAACUGAACUAGAUAAUAGCAACUCAGUUUGGACCAUUCUGUAUGACGGUAUCUUGCCUGAGCUCUGCAACUACUGUGAGAACCGUACUGAUAGCCAUUCCAAUUUCCAUGCAUUAACCGUGAUGCAGAUCUGCUUACAACAGAUUAAGACCUCAAUAUUAACAGAUGUUGGAAAACCUACAGAAAAUUAUGGUCUGAUCUCAGAGGAUAUGGUAGCCCGCAUAUUGAGUAUCAUAUGGAACAACCUCGAAGAUCCCCUCAACCAAACUGUCAAACAAGCACAUAUGAUUUUCGAUCUUUUCUUGGAAAUUCAGUACGCCCUUCACUGUUCUGAAGGUGACGAUAAAGUAAAAUUGGGCCUAAGGUCAAUUGCAUCGAAAUUGCUUCAUUUGGGACCACAUUGCAAGGGGAGAUAUAUCCCUCUAUCUUUACUUACAAAGAGGUUAGGAGCAAAGGAUUUACUAGAUAUGCGCCCCAAAUUGUUGUUCGAAACAACUGAUGCAUUCAUGGAAGAUGAUGCUUGCUGUGCUGCAACUACAUUCUUGAAAUGUUUCCUUGAAAUCUUGCGCAAUGAGUGUUGGAGUGAGCAUGGUAUUGAAAAUGGUUAUGCAGAAUAUAGGAAUCACUGUUUGCCUCCUCUAUUGUUUGGUCUUGCUUCAGACUGUUCUAAGCUUCGGUCAAAUUUGAACACGUAUGCUUUGCCAGUUUUGCUUGAGCUUGAUGUGGAUGCCAUAUUUCCCAUGCUUGCUUUUAUUUCGAUCAGGUUAGAUGGAGAAGAGUCUGAAUUGACCUAUCCUGAGAUAAACCAUGUCAACUUGCAUCUGACAGAAGAACAACAAGUGGCUGUUUCAGUUUCUUUGCUCAAGGUUUCUCGUUUACUUGCACUGAUUGAGGGGGAUAUUGACUGGUAUACUAAUUGCUCAACAAGUGAAUUUGUUUCUUUUUACAUCAAGGGGGUGAAGAUAAAGAUCCUAGUUAAGUGGUUACUAAUGGCUCUAACACAUGUUGAUGAAUCACUCCGUAUAGAUGCAGCUGAAUCCCUAUUAUUAAAUCCUAAAACUGCUAGCCUCCCAUCCGGUUUAGAACUCACACUGAUGAAAGAGGCUGUUCCAUUAAACAUGAGGUGUAGCUCAACUGCUUUUCAAAUGAAAUGGACAAGCUUGUUUAGGAAGUUCUGCUCACGGGUAAAUACUGCAUUGGAGAGGCAAAUUAAGCAGGGGAAAUGGAAGCCUCUAUCUUCCUUCAAUAAUGGUGACGAAACUGUUAACAGAGCAGAGGAUCUCUUUUCUUUUAUGAAGUGGUUGAGUUCUUUUUUAUUUUUCUCUUGCUACCCUUCUGCUCCAUAUGAAAGAAAAAUAAUGGCUAUGGAACUUAUAUUGGUUAUGUUUAACCUUUGGCCUAUUUUGCCUUCUCUAGAAGGGAAAUGCGAUUCGCUUUAUCCUUACAGCGAAUGCCUUACAUCGCCUGAUUCAACAUUACUAUUGGUUGGUUCAAUUGUUGACAGUUGGGAUCGGUUGAGAGAAAAUUCUUUUCGAAUUUUGUUACAUUUUCCGACGCCACUUCCUGGAAUCUCUAGCUUAGAUGCGGUCAAAGAAGUAAUAACGUGGGCUAAGCAACUAAUAUGCAGUCCUCGUGUGAGAGAAUGUGAUGCAGGAGCUUUAACACUGAGGCUCGUAUUCAGGAAAUAUGUGAUCGAGCUUGGUUGGAUUGUUAGGCCUUCUUGUAAUGAGAUUGACGUAAACAAUCAUGGAAAAUCCCCUGUGGUAGAGUAUAUUAGAUCAUUACUUGACUGGCUUCGUAUGACUGUGGAUAAGGCAGAGAAUGAUCUUGCUGAAUCAUGCAAAAAUAGCUUUGUUCAUGGGAUAUUGCUCACUCUUCGAUACACGUUCGAGGAACUGGAGUGGGGUUCUAGCACUAUCCUAUGUAAUAUAAGUGAGAUGAAGAUUGUGCUGGAGAAGCUCUUGAGUCUAAUCACGCGGAUAACAUCAAUGGCACUUUGGGUAGUUUCUGCAGAUGCUUGGUAUUUGCCUGGUGAUAUGGAUGACUUGGGUGAAGAUGAUGUUUUCUUGCCUGACAUUCCUGAUGAGAUGGGCGUUUCUUUGUCUUCUUCGGAGUGUGUGAUUGAAAACUCAAAGUCGGAGCAGGAUUCUAGACCUAUGGAGCAGAUUGUCAUGGUUGGUUGCUGGCUUGCUAUGAAAGAGAUAAGUCUUCUCUUAGGAACAAUAAUAAGGAAAAUUCCUUUGCCCACUUCAGAUGGGUGGAAUAGUCAAGGACCAGUAUCUGUUGAUGAUGGUGAUUCACUCAAGUCUUCUGAUUCUGUCCUUAAUCUAAAACAACUAGAGACAAUUGGGAACCACUUCCUCGAAGUCCUUUUGAAAAUGAAGCAUAAUGGUGCCAUUGACAAGACCAGGGCUGGAUUUACUGCUCUAUGCAACCGUUUACUCUGUUCAAAUGAUCCAAGACUUUGUAAAUUGACUGAAUCUUGGAUGGAUCAGCUUAUGGAAAGAACUAUAGCCAAGGAACAAACAGUUGAUGACUUAUUGAGGAGAAGUGCAGGUAUUCCGGCAGCAUUCAUUGCUCUUUUCUUGUCAGAGCCGGAAGGUACACCAAAAAGGCUCCUUCCUAAGGCACUAAGGUGGCUGCUAGAUUUAGCUGUGAGAUCAUACACAGGUUUAUCUGAUAUAUCCAAUGAAAUAAAUGUCUCCACUCAGUCAUCCGACAUACAUGUUAAUGGAAUAAACUCAAAAAUUCGCGAUGAGGGUGUGGUUCCCACAGUUCAUGCAUUUAAUAUCCUGAGAGCUGCUUUCAAUGAUACCAACCUAUCAACGGAUACAUCAGGCUUUUCUGCUGAGGCAAUGAUAAUCUCUAUACGAUCUUUCUCUUCUUCCUAUUGGGAGGUUAGGAACAGUGCCUGUCUUGCGUAUACUGCUCUGGUUCGUCGCAUGGUCGGAUUCCUUAAUGUACAGAAAAGAGUAUCUGCAAGACGUGCAUUGACCGGCCUUGAAUUUUUUCACAGGUACCCAUUGUUGCAUACAUUUUUCCUGGACGAACUAAAAGUCGCUACAGAGCUUCUUAGCGACAAGUCCUCAAGACAUCCAGGCUCAAACUUAGCCAACCAUGUCCACCCCAGCUUAUGCCCAAUGCUAAUUCUAUUAUCGCGAUUAAAACCUUCCUCCAUCACAACUGAAACCGGAGACUCCUUAGAUCCUUUCCUAUUCAUGCCUUUCAUAAGAAAAUGUUCCAUCCAAAACAACCACCGAGUUCGCGUUCUCGCGUCAAGAGCUUUAAUUGGCCUAGUCUCUAAUGAGAAACUGCACUCCGUCCUACUCAAUAUCGCACUAGAGUUACCUAAUGGAGAAAAUCAAACUCUUCCUUCCUUCAAUUCAAUCCACGGCACACUUCUCCAGCUAAUCUCUCUUCUGGAUAUUAAUUGUCGUCAAAUUGUCGAUUUCACAAAGAAAGAUCGGAUAAUAGUCGAUUUGUUCGCAGUCGUUGGCAGUAAGUCUUGGUUGGGUAGUAGGAAAUCUUGCCCUUGUCCAACUCUCAAUAGUUCGUUCCUCAAUGUGCUUGAUCACAUGCUUAAUAUUGCAAGGACAUGCUCGAAAGAAGAAAGUACCCUUCCCAUAUGUAAUCUCCUUAGGGAUUUAUCUUCAGAAUGUUUCGAUCCGAGCAGGAAAAGUUCUUACGAUCCGACUGUGGUCGAAUUGCACAAGCAAGCAACAAAUUCGUAUUUGAAUUGUUUUUCUCAAGAGACUUCGAUGCUAUCGUUUUUAAUGACGAACACUUUAUAUGAAGUUCGAACCGCGACAUUGAAGUGGCUUCUCCUCUACAUUAGAAAUCAUGAUCAUACUGUCGGAAACGACUUCUCAAAUUGGAUCGGUACUGACCUUCUGGAAAUCCUUAUUGAUCUUUUAGCGACGGAGAAGAAUCGGAAAUGCGUUUGUUAUAUUCUGAAAAUCAUUUUCUCUUUGAACUUGAAACAAGAAUUUCUACAGGAUUACGAUUCAUUGACAACGUUUUGGAACAAUCUAGUUUCAUUGUACAAUUCGACCCGAUAUGCCAAGACCCGAGAAACAAUCGUUUGUUGCAUGGGAUUAUGCGCAAAACGCUUCUCGUUUCUAUUCACAAGAUCCGACAAUUGUGUAAACGCGAAAAGCUUACACGAGUAUAUAGAAUUUUACGUCGGACUAAUCAAACAACACAGUUCUUCGUCGGAGCCUGUGAACAUGCGGAAAGCGGUUGCGGAAUCGUUGGUGGCGUCUGAUUUACUCAAAAACGCGACGACGUUCGACGAACGCUACGCGCUCAAAUUGCUAGAUUUAUGGUAUAUCGCCAUAAAGCUUAUGGAAGAUGAAGAUGUCAAUUUGAGAACAAAGCUCGCCAACGACGUUCAGAAGUGCUUUAGUUCAAAACAUUCAAUAACAGUUUCUGUUCCUUCCCAAGUAGAAAAAGUGAUCGAGAUGUGCUUUGAGCAUUUAUCGUCGAAUUUCGAUAACUGGCUUCCAUAUUAUAACUUUCUAUGCGAGUGUGUUCUCAAGGAUGCGAGUUAUAUUGUACAAAACGGAGAUCUUGUUAGAAGGGUUUUCGACAAGGAGAUUGAUAAUCAUCACGAAGAGAAGCUUUUGAUAUGUCAGUUAUGUUGUUAUCAUUUGGAGAAGCUACCGAUUUCAAAGAUAUUGUCAGAUGAAAAAUCUGGCAGAUUAUUCUUAUCAGAAUGGAGAUCGAAAUUCUUGGAUCGGGUAAUAGGGUUUUCGCACGAUCGUCUUGACAAACACGGAAAGAGUUUGGAUAAUUGGAUCGGCGGAGUUGGAAACCAUAAGGAUGUGUUUCUUCCGUUAUAUGGUAACCUACUUGGAUUCCACGCUGUUUCUGGCGCGGUUUUGAAAUGUUAUCCUGAAAGUGAGGAGUUUUUGUUGUUGGUGGAUGAUGUUGUUGAACUUGGAGAGAUUAUCGAUCCGUUUUUGAAGAAUCCUUUGAUUCUUGGGUUGUAUUCGAAUGUGGUUAAGAGGCAUGGGAGAUCGGUUGUUGGAAGAACAAACUGGGAUGGAUUUGAUCCUUAUUUUUUGGUAGAUAAAUGAUGAGUUAUAGGAAUUGUUGAAUCUUCUUCUACAUUUGUAAGGAUGUCUCUUUAUUUGGCUAAAUUGUUGAGCACAUUUUUUGUAUAA